CAAUGAAUGAACGGGGAGGGGCCAGGGCCAGUCAGGCUGGGGAGGAAAGGGCGAAGCCAUUCCUGUCUGGGGGAGGAGCCAAUACACCUGUGCAAGACUGGAGGGGAGGAGCCAAUACACCUGUGCAAGACUGGAGGGGAGGAGCUGGUACACCUGUGCAAGACUGGAGGGGAGGAGCCAAUACACCUGUGCAAGACUGGAGGGGAGGAGCCGAUACACCUGUGCAAGACUGGAGGGGAGGAGCCAAUACACCUGUGCAAGACUGGAGGGGAGGAGCUGGUACACCUGUGCAAGACUGGAGGGGAGGAGCCAAUACACCUGUGCAAGACUGGAGGGGAGGAGCCGAUACACCUGUGCAAGACUGGAGGGGAGGGGCCGGUGCACCUGUGCAAGACUGGAGGGGAGGAGCUGAUACACCUGUG